CGGCACAAAAGGACUAUCAAAGGAGUGGCAUAAGCGCUGUGCGCCUUAUAAGCUUGUUGACAUGCAAUGUACCUCGUACUCGGAGAAAGGUGGAUUCAAUCCAUUGCCAACUUCAACUACCAAUAAAGUCCCGGCGUAUAACUAUAGAUAUGGGGAACAAGCGAAGACUCGCCGGUUACUACUAGCAGUUCUGAAACUAGCUACAUGUCUCUGCCUUGCAUCAUGGGUUUAUCGUUUCGCCCUCCCCGGCCCUGCUGCUCAACCACUCCCGUCGAAGUAUUCUGGAGCCUUGCAGGAUGACCCCGCAUCCGAGUUCGCAGAUGAUGACUUCCCUCUGCGUGCACAUGAGCCUUGGGACAUUUCUGUGGACUUCCCCUACCCGCGCACGUUAUCUUACGAGGUGACAGAAGGAACAUGGCUGCGACUCGACGUGCAUCCUAUCAAUGGGGAUAUCGUGUUUGACAUGGCAGGGGAUCUAUACUGCCUGCCGGCUGACGCAUAUUUGGGGGCUGCUGGAAAAGUAGGAGGAAGGACAGAAGCAGUGCCAGUGCUCACAGGUGUCCCGCAUGAUGCGAAUCCUCGGUUCUCGCCUGAAGGUGACAGACUUGCAUUCCAGAGCGACGCGGGGCUAGGCGCUGAUAAUCUGUGGGUGAUGCCCUGGGCAACUGAAGGGUGCACGGCCAUGGACGUCCGCGCGCAUGUUAAUUCAUCACACGAGCUCGAGUUGAAGAUCCAGGACGAGGAGCUGCUUGCAGGGGGUAUCAAGGAGACCAGUGAGAGGAAACUGAGAUCGACAAGGGAGGGGAGGGUAGACGCGCAACGUAUCACGAAUGAGACGUACAACUGGGUGUCUGACCCGCGCUGGCAUCCUGCAGGGGAUAAGGUCGUCGCAACAAAAUGGUACUAUUCUUCACGCUCACUCGGGGCUGGCGAAGGAUGGGAGUUCCCCGUUCCUCCCAUCAACACCAAGUCGCAGGUUGAGGCAGGCGCUGGCAAGCGUUUGGUAUCAAAGAGCCUGCCUAUGGGGUGGAAAAAGGCAGAUUAUGUAGAGCAGCAGAUUGGACAUGAACAGUUCAUAUGGGCGGGCAACGAUGUGCUUAUUUAUGCUGGUAAUGUGAGAGAUGUGGAUGGGAGUUACACGUAUUCCAAAGACGUCCAUCAGGGUAUCUACUCAAUCUUCCGGCGCAACUUAACAACGGGCGUGGAGGAGACGCUCGUUGACGCAUUCCCUGGUGGUGCUAGCCGGCCUACACUCUCGCGUGAUGGAGGCACCCUUGCGUUUGUGCGCCGUGUGAGGGACAAAGAAGCACUCGUCCUCAAGGAUCUCAACACGGGCACCCUACACCAUAUAUGGCACGGCCUCACCUACGACCUCUCGACAAUCUACGCACCGACGGGUACUUACCCAUCCUUCGCAUUUACGCCCUCUUCGUUCUCGCCGGGCAUUGUUAUCUGGGCUGCCGGGAAAAUCUGGCAUGUCCCAUUGGCGCGCAAUGGAGAGGGGGAACUUGUUGCCGCGACUAAAGCCACCAACAAUGCAGACCUCACGCCAAAGGUGAUCCCGUUCACAGCACACAUCUCGAAGAAGCUUGCAGAAACGCGGCGUGUGAAGACUGAUGUGCGCAAGUUUGAAUCAGGCCCGCAGCGCAUACGUGCAUUUACCCAGCUUGCAUUGGAUGAAACUGGCAACCGUGCGGUAUUUGCAAGCGCGGGACAGACGUGGGUGAAGAUGCUUCAAGGAUCGCUCAUCAACCCCGCUACGUUAGACCCCAUCGAUGAUGCGAAUUUCCUGGGUACAAAGCCUCCCCGGGGUAUUCCUCACCUGCAUCCCUCUGCAGGCUACUACUCACCUUCCUUCAUUCCUGCUUCCUCCUUCGCCUUGCACGCACGCUGGGACAACUUGCAUUUCUCGUCCCUUGAGCUGUCAGAUCUGGAGAGCGGGCAGGUUUGGGAAAUCGUCGGACUCCCAAAGGGGCGGUGGUUUGGUGCUGUUGUAAGUGGAGCUGCGGAAAACGGCGUGCGAACAAUGGUGCUGGUGAAGACGGGUGGGGAUGUGUUGACCGGAAACGUGGUGGCCACUGCACAAACGGGAGUCUGGGUCGGGAAGAUCGCGCUCCCAUCCCUAUCUCUCUCCACAGACACGGUGACAUUGAACAACCUGCGUCAUGUCCCAAGUAGUAUCGACCCCUCCGAUGUCGUCAAGUUAUCAUUCGUGGAAGGCGAGGCUAGUGAAGCGCUCGUGCAGCAAUCUGACCGCGUACUUCGGCUUUCCUUGCAUGACGGUGCUGAGCAGGUGGUUGCCCAGGGGAAGGGAACAGAUGAGCUUAUUUUCUCCCCAUCCGGAUCCGUGCCCUCAAAAUCCUCAAGACGAGCUGGACGCAACCGAGCGGUAGGGGGUGCAGCAUUUGUCAGCCUCUAUCACGUAUAUUACGCCCUACCUUCCUCAGUGAACCCUGAAAAUGAGAUGUGGGCUAAGCCGGGGAAGGCACCGAAGGACUUGGCGCGUUUGAGUGGGGACGGUGGGCAUGAUGUCGUAUUUAGCGGGGACGGAAGUGUGAUCGGGUGGUUCCUCGGUCCAUACCUCCACACCCUCCCACUCUCCCGCCUUCCCUCAUGCGAGGACGCAAUCGGAGCUGACGCAUCUACCUUUGGGAUCGACUGCGUCCGGGACUUGCUGGAUGUCACAGCAGUGGAUGUCGCUUAUACUCCUGAUGUUCAAAGGUUGUCCAGCGAGGCGCGCCAGUCAAUGGCGGACGGGGCACAGGGAUCAAUGCAAGGACAUGCAGCAUGGAGCAACGCUGACGUGGUAAUCAUCCAAAAUGCAACAGUCCUGAGCAUGGAAAACGGCGUGCUCACGCAGGACUUGAGGCCAGGCGCGAGCGUUGUGAUUCGGAGCGGAGUGGUGGAGGCUGUUGGUGGCCCUGAUGUCGGUGAAGAACUGGUGGGGGCGUUCAUAAUCAACGCUGAGGGCGGGUACGUCGUCCCUGGUUUCAUCGACGCACACGCGCACUGGAGUGGCACAGAAGACAAGUACCCAGCGACGUCCUGGGAGAUGCAGACAUUCCUUGCGUAUGGCGUGACUACACUACACAACCCAAGUCUACAUAACUCCCUCGGCUACGUCGAGCGCGGACGUAUCGAGUCUGGACUCAUGGCUGGCCCGCGGCUCUUCCAUACCGGCACGGUCAUAUAUGGCGCAUCCGACUACAGCAUCCAUCAAGACAUUGCAAGCAUGCGCGAGGCACGUGAAGCACUCGUAAGGAUCAAGGCUGAGGCCGGAGAUGCAAGUUGGAGCUAUAAGAACUACAAUUUGCCGACGAGGGCUGCCAGGCAACGGUUAUUGACAGCUUCGCGUGAGCUUGGGAUGUUGUGUGUACCUGAAGGCGGGAUGAACUAUGAUUGGGAUUUGACAUAUAUUGUGGAUGGGAUGACCACGAUCGAGCACAAUAUUCCUGUGUCGACGCUAUAUGACGAUAUCCUCACACUCUACACGAUGAGCGGGACUGGAUCUACUCCGACACAUGUCGUCGAUUAUGGGGGCAUGUCCGGGGAGGAAUAUCUCUGGGCAACUGAGGACAUCCCGAACGACCCCAAACUCCGCACGCACACACGGCACGACAUUCUCGAAGGGCUCUCGGAGAGUACAAGCCGGCCGUUCAAUUCGAUGGCGCUAUGGAAUGUUUCUGCAUCUGUUGCGAAUAUGGUGCACCGAGGACUGCGCGCCCAUAUCGGAGCGCAUGGCGAGCCGCCUCUUGGACUCAUGUACCACCAGGAGAUGUUCUACGCCAAAUCAGGCGGGCUGAGCAAUUACGAGGUAAUUCGCGCAGCCACCGCUGAUGCCGCAAUCACUUUCGGCCUAUUCGACAGCCUCGGGUCCAUCUCGACGGGUAAACUUGCAGACCUCAUCAUUUUCCCGCCCGGUUUUGACCUGUUGCAAGACGAUAUCCGCCACACGCGGAAUAUCAGGUAUGUGAUGCGUGGUGGGCGGGUAUGGGAUGCAGGGACGAUGGAGGAGAUUUGGCCCAUCAAGAGGAAGCAGGUACUUCCGCCGUUCAAUGCGGAGUAGGAGCCUGAACAGAAUAUGCCUUUGUGUACUACUAUGUCAGUGGAACUUGGAUUACA